CGCGCGCUCCUUUCCUGCCUGCGGCCUGCGGCUGGGCGGAGAAGCGGCGGCGGCGGCGGCGGCUGCGGCUCCGGACCCUUGCUCACCUCUCCCUCCCCCCUCUCACUGUUUGUUGUGUGUUUGAUGUGUUAAAGCAGGAGCGAGCCCGCGAGCAGCCAUGAGCAGCGCGACCGUCGUCCCCGGCCCCGCGGGCCCGGGCCCCAGCGGCGGGCCGGGCGGCGGCGGCGGCGGCACCGAGGUGAUCCAGGUGACCAAUGUCUCCCCAAGCGCCAGCUCCGAGCAGAUGCGGACGCUCUUUGGCUUCCUAGGCAAGAUCGACGAGCUGCGCCUCUUCCCGCCGGAUGACUCGCCUUUACCAGUUUCAUCUCGUGUCUGCUUUGUUAAGUUCCAUGAUCCAGAUUCAGCAGUUGUGGCACAGCAUCUGACAAACACUGUAUUCGUUGACAGAGCUUUGAUAGUCGUACCGUAUGCUGAAGGAGUUAUUCCUGAUGAGACUAAGGCUUUGUCUCUGUUGGCACCAGCUAACGCAGUGGCAGGCCUUCUGCCUGGCGGUGGACUCCUCCCUACGCCCAACCCACUUACCCAGAUUGGCGCUGUUCCGUUGGCUGCUUUGGGAGCUCCCACUCUGGAUCCUGCCCUUGCUGCACUGGGGCUUCCUGGAGCAAACUUGAACUCUCAGUCUCUUGCCGCAGAUCAGUUGCUGAAGCUUAUGAGCACCGUGGAUCCCAAGUUGAAUCAUGUAGCUGCUGGUCUUGUUUCACCAAGUCUGAAAUCAGACACCUCUAGCAAAGAAAUAGAGGAAGCCAUGAAAAGAGUACGAGAAGCACAGUCCCUGAUAUCUGCUGCUAUAGAGCCAGAUAAGAAAGAAGAAAAAAGAAGGCAUUCAAGAUCAAGAUCGCGUUCUAGGAGAAGGCGGACUCCCUCAUCUUCUAGACACAGGCGAUCAAGAAGCAGGUCCAGGAGGCGAUCGCAUUCUAAGUCGAGGAGCAGACGACGGUCAAAAAGCCCAAGGCGGAGAAGGUCCCAUUCCAGAGAGAGGGGCAGGAGGUCAAGGAGCACGUCGAAGACCAGGUGCUGCACCGCUGGUGUGGGAGACAAAAAGAAAGAAGACAAAGAAAAGAAGCGCUCCAAGACACCGCCAAAGAGCUACAGCACAGCACGGCGUUCAAGGAGUGCAAGCAGUCUCCACAUUUGUAAUUCCAGAGAGAGACGGCGACGAAGAAGCAGAAGUGGCACAAGAUCUCCCAAAAAGCCUCGAUCGCCUAAAAGAAAAAUGUCUCGCUCCCCAUCCCCAAGAAGACAUAAAAAGGAGAAGAAGAAAGAUAGAGACAAAGAACGAAGCAGAGAUGAAAGGGAACGAUCCACAAGCAAAAAGAAAAAGAGUAAGGAUAAGGAAAAGGACCGGGAACGAAAAUCCGAGAGUGACAAGGACGUAAAAGUCACACGGGAUUACGAUGAAGAGGAACAGGGCUAUGACAGCGAGAAAGAGAAGAAAGAGGAGAAGAAGCCAGCAGAAGCGGAUUCCCCUAAGACAAAGGAGUGCGCUGUGGAGAAGGUGGCUGGCGAUGUGCUGAGAGAGUCCAAGGUGAACGGGGACGAUCACCAUGAGGAGGACAUGGACAUGAGCGACUGAGCGCUGCUGCAGGGCCUCCUGUGUACGUGCGUCAGUGUCAUUCCUUUGUGAUUGCUCCACGCUGUAUGUGUUCAUCUCAAACCUAGACGUGUACAGCUCUGAGUUACAGGUGGUUGUAAAUCUCCGAUAGUGACAUUAGUUACGACAUCCGAAAGAAGGCUUGUAGAAACGGUACCUGGGAAGCGGCUCUGGCCUGGUGAGGUCCGAGGGAGAACCCAGCAGUCCGCCACCCUGUCCCAGGCUGCUGCAUCACAGAGCGACAGCUGCAUGCAUCCACAGCAGGCUUGGGGUGUCGGUGUUGUGUGAGCCCCCUCUUAAGUACGUCACUUAGAGUCUCUAGGAUUUGGUUCAUUGCCGUAAUAGAGCCGUGUAGGGAAUGCACUGAUUGCAUGUUAUUGUGGCAAGAAUACCCUAAAUGUCAUUAAAAUCCUCCACAGGAUGGAUCUGCUUAUGGUCUUGUUUGUUGACAUGACAAAAUAACAUUCUUAGAGUUACAUCUGGAAAUGAGCAUUUGAAAUAGAUAAUCCUUUAAGCCUUGUGGCUCAAUUUUUGUGGCUUUUGUUUAACUUUGAAAGGUUAUAUAUGCACUAACCUUUUCUGAUGGCUAAUUAGGCUUUAAUUACAGAAACAAGAUUUCACGUAAAACUGUCUUUGGCGGUGAGUAAAUAGCAACAUAUUUUGAAGUAGAGUUGUAUAUGUUUUCACAGGUGUUUGGAAAUUUUUUUUUCCUGAAAUAAUUUAUUCCACUUCCACAUCAUUAAAAGCUAUCCCCCUCUCCUGAGUCCACCUUUGAAAGGAAUUUAAUCUUUUGUCCUGAUUUUCAGUUUUCCACUUUUAUUGUUUUAAGCUCAGUGUUGGAAAAAAGGGGAUAGUGCAUUUUAAAUUGAUCGUCAUACUUUUAAAACAAAUCUACUUGAUAAUGUACUUUUAUUUGAUCUCAAGUUGUAUAAAACCAAUAAAUUUGUGUUCUUCUUCCUGCAGUGGUAACCUUCAUGCACACAGUGAUUAUCUGCAAAGUAGCGAGCAACUGUUUUCUUAGUUCCAGGAGUUUCAAGCUUUACUUUUGUGCAGUAAAAACAAAAGUAGGCUACAGUCUGUGCCAUGUUGAUGUACAGUUUCUGAAAUUGUUUUACAACACUUUGGUAAUAAAACCCUGAAACUUAUGUGCCCGUUCCUGUAAAA